UUUUAAGUUCAGCUCAACAGCGCUAUGGUUUAAUGAUAUUAACCAGUGAACGGUGGAUUAAGUUAUAACGUAGACUAGACAAAGAAAAUACAUUGUUUCGUGUAUGAUAUUGCAUACCCAUUUGAUAUGCUUAAGCUAGUUAGCCACAGUCAGCGUUCCAGUUCUUUCAAAUGUGCUUUUCAGGUGGUGAAGGUAGUGGCUGUGCCUGUGGUGCUGGGAUUUGCUUCUCUGCGCGUCUACAGCAUGAGUAAGGAUAAACCGGAAGUGCUGCUCUCACCUCAGCAGCUUUCGAUUUACUCAACUCUGCCACAGGAGAGGCUUCACUAUUCGGAAGAACAGCCAGGAGUUCUGCAGAGUAGUCUUGGUAAAGUCAGAGGGAGUCUGCAGUCCUAUGUGCAGAAAAUGAAAAGUGCUUAUGUAUCAGUUCAAGUAACAGCUGUGAACCUCUACCAUGGUGGAGAAGAUGUGUACUACUUUCUUAAAGACCCUCCCUCUGGAUUUGUGCCUAGGAUUUCUGUAAUUGCAGUGUCUGGCCUCGCUGGUGUGAUUCUUGCAAGAAAAGGGUCCUACCUAAAGAAACUGGGACUGCCAUUGAGUUUGGCCUCUGCAGGAUUUGCUGUGUGUUACCCUGUACAGACUAUAGCCAUGCUCAAGGUAAGUGGAAAGAAGAUGUAUGCAGCCUCAGAGUGGACAAGCUCAACUGUUGCAUCGCUGUGGAAACAGGACACACUACCAGUUGUGCCUGCUAGUUUAGCGUCAGCACCAUCACCUGAAGCUGUCGCAAAUACUCAGGCUGUCCCAGUCAGUGAAUUGGCUCAAGCUACAGGGACAGAGGCGCUCUUCCGUGAGGCUUCUCCUCCACCUGAGUCUAGGUUUAGCCCCAUGCCUGAUGAUCAUGACCUGGUCCCGGCUUCGUUUUCUUUUCCACAAAACAGCAUUUCCACUGCCGAUGAUGAACUCUUGGUGGUGACCGUUGAGGGAAAACCCUCCUCAGCAUCAUCUCUAACUACUGAGAGCCAACCAGAGACGCCAUCCUUACAGUCCUCAGGAGAGCUUCAGACGCCAACAGCUGUCGCAGAGAAGCAGGAGCAUGAAUCACAUCUCAAACUAAUGGACUUUGGACAGUCUUACCCAGAAGACGCUGACCUUUACAGCACGCGCAGCUGAACAGAGCAAUGGCAGAGCAGACCAUUCAUUCAUUUAUUCACUCAUUCAGCAGAUCAUUCACUCAUUCAUUCACUCUGUACUCAAAUCUGCUUUAGGAACUUGGUAAGGAUGUGAUUUAUGAAAGUUUAAUUCUAUUAACAGACAUAGUAAUAGUCAGUGCUGAUGUUCGAGAUGUGUGACAUAUUUUGCAGCAUUUAUUGCUGGAAAUAUUGUCAGUUGUAUUUGUUAUCCCCAUACACUGCUGAAAAUGAACCAGAUGAUUUAACUGUUAAAAUGACACUGAAGUUGUUAAAUAAGAAAUCAUUUAUUUUGUUGUUAUUAAUUAAUGAGUGAUGUACAAAUAUAAAUAACUGAACCCAGGUCAAUAUUGAAGUCUGUAUAAUGUGUCCUUUAAGAAUAGACCGCUUGCUUGCAGUUUGUUACCCAAGGAGGUUUGUUAGUCACAACUGUAAGCAGCGGCAGCUUGUCCGAAGGGGAAGGUGGCACAGAGCCCACCUUAUACAGUCCCCUCCGAAAGUGUUGGAACAGCAAACCAAUUCUUUUGUUUUUGCUAUACACUUAAGGCAGUUGGGGUUGAGACCAAAAGAUGAACAGGAGACAAUGGAUCAGAAUUUCAGAUUUAAUUUCCUGAUAUUUAGGGGUCAAGCAGUGAAGGUGCUGAAACAAUUUUGUUUUUGUUUGUGGUGUUCUUAUUAUUCUUCUAUGCUGGAAGUCUAUGGAGGACCCUACAUCUGUAUGGGGAAAAAGUUGUGAAAUUUGGCACACUGAUUGCGCAUAGUGCCCAUAGUCAUUUCGCCAGUUUUUUGCUCUGGACCGCAAUGCCUCUAGCGCCACCAUUGGGUCAAAUUUCAAGAUUUUUGUGUAUAACUUUUGAACCAUUUGAGGUACAAGCAAAAUUUUCCUUUUAAUUAAUCCUUGGCUCAUGCCGAUUUUGGCGGAUCCCAUGACAUUAUAAAUUCAUAAUUCUGGUGUCAUCUGAUUUCUGACAUGUUAUGUCAAUGCCAAAAUUUUCCAUCCACUAUUUCUAAAUUUCCACCAUUAUGCAUUUGUGCUCUGCAUUUAACCCAUCUAAGUGCACACACACACGGAGCAGUGGGCAACCUUUUUUUGCUGUGGCGCCCGGGGAGCAGUUGGGGGGUUUGGUGCCUUGCUCAAGGGUCUCACCUCAGUCGUGGUACUGAGGGUGGGAGAGAGCACUAGUCAUUCACUCCUACCACCUACAAUCCCUGCCGGACCUGAGACUUGAACCAACGGCCUUCAGGUUCACCUUCGGGUUGCAAGUCCGACUCCCUAUCCAUUAGGCCACGACUUUAGUUAUAGCUCGGGAACACUUUAUAUAUUAUUUUCACAACAAACUUGGCAGACACCUCAAAAUUAUGUCCUUUUAAGUUUCAUCUCAUUUUUGCUUUGGCCAACCUGUUUUAUGUCUGGUUGUUCUUACACCAGUGGUUUCUUUCUUUUUCAGCACAUUACAGAUUGUUUUCUUGGCUAUGCCAAAUGCUUGUGCAAUGGCUCUGAUUGACUUUUCCCUCUUUCUUCCUUCAAAAUGUCUCCUAUAGACAGCUUUCUGGUCUACAUGUUGGUCUAUCCUUUUUAACCAAGAGUAGACAAAAGUAGAUAUUCAGAGCUAUUAAUCUUUUAAACAAUCAAUUUAACAGGGCACACCUGGGCAAUAAGAAACACCUGUCAGUCACAUGUUACAAUAUAUUUUAUCACUUAAAAAAUGGGUGGGUCCAAACAAAAGGUGUCAUUUUCUAAGGUGUUUUUUUUUUUUUUUUUUUUUUUUUUUAUACACAUCUGGAUCAGGAAAUGAAAGCUGAAAUUCUGAUCUGUCAUCUCAUAAUCAUCUUUUGAUCUCAAACCCAAAUAUCUUCAAUGUACAGCAAAAACAGAUGAAUUGGACUUGCCAUUCCAAUACUUUUGGAGGGAACUGUACAUAAUGUCCCAUAUAGUAGUAUUACAUUGCUCUUAGUACUGUGGCAGUGUUAGUAUAGUUUUGCACCUUUGUGUUGAUAGUUAUUUUGUGUUUUUUAAAACAAUAAAAUGAUAAUUAUUCUCUUAAUAUAGAAUGGAAAUUUAAGUUCAGUUUAUAUUUUUUAUUUAUAUGUAUAAUUAUUUUAUACAGUCGGAUCCAAAAGACGGAGACCAUUAGUGAAAAUGCUUCUGUUUGGCAUUCUUUUUCAGUUUAACUCAAAGGUUUUCAUUACAAAUGAUGAUAUUAGAAAUAACUUGAGUGAAAAGUAGAAUCUUAAAAAUAUUUACAUGAAAUUCAGAAUUUUUUUAGUUUUUAGUAUGUCCCCUUUUUUGCUUUACUGCUAGUGUGCACUUGAGCUGGCAUGAACUCCACAAGUUUGGGCAAAACCUUAUGAUCCAUGUUAGAGCAAAUCCAUCAGUGUCAUCUGACCCACUGAGAAUCUGACCUUUUGUACAAAGCAGUUUCCUUAUACAAAUUUCCUUAAAUUGAAAUAGUGACCUGGAAAUUGUGCAACAUCUUUAAUACUGAACUGUCAAGAUGUUGCACAUUUCCUUUUUUUUUUUAUUUCUUUUUUUUUUUUUUAGAAUUUUCAAAAUUCUGAAAAAUAUAAAACUGGAAAUAAACAAAGUUAGAUUUUUGACCAUUGCUUACAGCUGUGGUAUUUAUCACGUGUUUACAUGUACAUGUGAUAAAUACCAAUUUUCUUGUGUGUAUUGGCGGAUCUUAUGCACAAAUUUAGUACUUGUUUUGCAUGCUUUGAUAAAUGGGACCUCUGGUCUAUUUCCAUUUUGUUCAUUCUGUCUCUUCCAACUGUUUCGGUGCACAGAACAGAGACAGCGUUUUCCCUUUAAUAUGUCACCUGUCUAGGGCUGCAACUGCAAUUUUUAAGUUAUAUUUAUUUAUAUAUUAGACAAACUACUUGGAAAAAUGCCAAAUAAACCAUUUUUGUUUUACUUCAUGCAAGAGUAUCUUCACUUGAUUCUCGGUGAAGUUCAUCUUACACCUUUAGGCAUGUUCCAUGUUGUCUGAAACAAGCAGGACCUUGAGCAAGCUACUGUGCUUUUUACAGGGAAGUUUACCAUAUACAGUCAUGGGGAAGAGAAAGUACACUCUCCUUCAAUUCUGUGUUUUUAUUUCACAGGGCCUAAAUAACAAUUUUAA